UUCGGAUCCUGUGACGAUCAAGGUGUUGUUUCAAACUCCUGAGGAAGAACUUCCCACAUCAGUCUUCGUCAAGCGAGAAGGCCAUGAUCCUAAAGAGGAGGAGAUGCUCGAGGUGAGUCGUAGAAUGAAUGUAGUCCGCGAACCCGAACGAAACGACCGGGGUAUGUGCUUCCCAGGAGAAAGGCUGUGCUAAGUUCGAAGACGUCGAACGUAGUACUGAGAAGCAGCUUGAACAGCCCGAUUGUUACUCUGACCACACCUACUACAUCCAUCGCAAUCAGACCUCCUACGACAGCAGCGCAUCAUGAAGGAUCUUGGUACAUCCAGGAGCAAUCCUUUCGACCUCUCCAGACGACCACGAUCAUUUGCAACAAAUCCAGAAUCAAAGAGACAAAAGAAAGAUGUCAAGGAAGCACAACGCGUGACAACGAGAUCUUCAACGCGAGCUUCCGGGCUUACAGAUUUGGUCGAUGCUCCAAAGAAGCCGAGAAAGCAGAGACAAGAUGUCAAGGACACACCAUCUGAGACAUCUGAAGAAACAUCAUCGCGCCCAAACAUGCGCGCACAACCAGAACCCACCUUUGCAGACUUGAUGACUGGUUUUGACACCAAGUUGCCUGUGCAAGCAAAGAGUAGUCCUCCACCAUCAAACAACAAGCAACCUGCUCCACAAAUGUCCAUUGACAGUGCCAAUAUUGAUGGGCCUCUGGCUGCAGGCAAACGUGAAUCUGUCAACGACAUGCCUGCAUCAACACAGCCUUUGUCUGUCCAUCCUUCGGCGCCUGAUGAGCAGUUGACCACGGAAAUCAAUCAAGUUGCAGCAUCUCCUGCUUCUUCUCAGCAGCCUGCUCCUACUCUCGAGUCUGGAGGCAUAGAUGAUACAGCUGAUCUCCCCGAGCAUCCUCCCACCUCAGCCUAUUCCGCACAAAGUGAGUUCCUCAAUCCCAAUCCACUGGACAUGUGAUUGACAACAACAAGUCUCAGAGCAAAUCGAUGGCUUCAUCUCAGAAGCCCUCGGACCAGCUAUCGGCGACCAGGUCCGCAACAUCUUCAAGAGCGCCAUGUUUAACAUGAGCCUGUGGAUUGUAUGUUUUCACUGCUGUCUUCACUCUUGCCUUGACCUUCUUCUUCCCUACCUCUCUCUUCCUGUCCCCCUCUGCGUC